GAAAACAUCCAAACGAACUAACGAAUUACGAAACAACUAAUUUACAACCACCACAAAAGACCAUACCAUCGUACCACCAGCUGCCCGCAGACCUCUCCGAAGAGAGCAUACGCAAAGAAGCCGCUUUGGUACUCGCACAAGCUGAACGUCAUAAGAGYAAAGCCGAGAACGGCGAUAAUAUACCCACAUUUAAGGUACGUACGAAACGUAGCGGUGAUCCGAACCCAAAGAAGUUCCACUCAUUACCCACACGCAAAAAGAAAUCGCCCGCUAAGCCAGUGUCGCGCAGCGUAAGUGACGCAGCUGCCAAAAAGAACRCGAAACGGCCAUCAAUAUUCAAUAUCUUCAGUCGACGUAGCGACACGAAUGUCAAUCAAGUUGAUCGUGAUCCACGUUUCGAAGAUAGCGGCGGUCGACGUUUAGUGCGUAGUAAAAGUGAUGUUGGCUCUUACAAUAAGGAAGAGCGUAAAUACAAAAAAACUUUAAAGGAACCCAAAUCUAACGCUGCUGCACAGGGUGGACUGCAAACAUUAAACAGUUCCAGUAAACAACAACUURUCAACACACCACUGAGUCCCAUAAUUGAGAACGCGCAGAAGGAGGACUUUUUUGCAGAGCAAUUCAAUAGAGAGCGUCGCAAAUCGGAGGCUAUAACUGAGCGAGAAAAGCAUGAGAGUGGACUGAGUGAACUGCUCGAACGCAGUCGCAUACAAGCCGAAGACGACGGUAAUAUUUUAGGCAAAGGCCAUAUAUCACACGCGAUACGCGAUAAAAUACUAAGCUUACAAUCCAAAUCACAAGACAAUAUGCAUAGUUCACAGUUGCCGGCACAAAAGUUGCCGCUCACCAAAGGUGUCACCGUAAAUGGCUUAGCGAAACGUUUGUCUAUGGAACGCUUCUCACCACCGCCRCCGCUCUCCGGUCCAGCCUUCUCAUAUAUACGCCCCAAUGAAGGUAUUAUGUAUGCGCAGUUGGAUCAUAACGAAGAUGAAAAUCGAUAUCGUCGCGAGUACAUACACUCGCCCAACAGGGAAUUGCGUACACCCUUACGUGAAUAUCGUUCACCAGCACGUGAUAUACGUGAUAURCGCUCACCGGAACGUGAACUACAAACACCCACAAAGACGCUGGGCCGCCAGUCAGUCGACCGCACUGACUUYACUACUAGUCAAAACAAUCUUAAGAAUACCUACAACUACAAUACGCAUAACGGYCGUGUCGGAAACGGUAAUGGCAGUCGUAUUAUUAUUGAACAAUCGACGACACGUGGUUCGCCAGGCACAUAUGGAUCACCUAACGGCCAAGUAGGUCCCACUACUAUACGCAUCACAAACUCACACUCGCCAUCACCAUGGCAACAGCUCAGUCCACGUAAUUUGAGCGAUGAGGACGAAGGUUUGGGCAUUGAAACACGAAAAUACUACGAAGACGAGUCUACCGCGUUGACACAAUCGCGCAGCAGCAAAUCGCCUGCUGAGCCACCAAUUAUACCGGUCAUACGUAGUAUUACGCCAACGAUCGAAAAUGGCUACGAUACGCGUGGCUAUCAAUCGCCGACACGUGAUGAACCUAUGMAUGAUAUUGGAUAUCGGCGUGCACGUCUUGAGUCGCGCAUACUAACGCGACGUUUCGGUGAGCCGACGACAUUGGAACGUAAUGGCUACCAACGUGAUGUGGAAGCGUCACCGGAACGCUUCGAACGCAAUGGUUAUCMACGUGAUACAGGCGCAUCACCAGAACGUAAUAGAGAAGUACGCGAGCAGUCCGCAUAUCAGCGCUACCUCAGUCCCGAACGCGAGAGAGAGUCAUAUGAACCACGCUUCCAUAAAAUGGAAACUUCGGAAAUAUUAAAUAAAUAUUCGCCAGAACGCUCACAUCUGGAUAUCAUUGCACCAACAACGGUGCCGGUUACAACACCAUUGAUGGAGAAAACGUCGCGUUAUAAGCACACAAAAUACUAUGACGACGGACGUGGCGGUGUAAAAGAAGUUUAUGAACGAGAAACACACUUGGAUGCCGAUGGAAAACCACAUGUACGCGAGACACGUCACCGUGAACGCAUGGACGGCUCUAUGGAACGUCAGCAACUGCAGGACUAUGAGCCGAAGAGCUYGGACUCACAACUAACAAGUACAGAUCAAUAUCGCUCCUCACCCGAAAACAUGAAACGUUAUGAAAUGAGCACGGCAAACACACAAGAUUGGCAUGGCAGUAGUUUGAAGCGUGACAAGCUACAACAGCGCAGCUUCGACAAAGGAGACUCCGGUAUUGAGAAUGACUUCCGCAAGGAAUCCUUCAAUGGCGAGCUCACAUCCAGAUGGCGCAAACGCACCAUUGCCGACGACAUAAAAGCCUGUGAAGCUUUUCUGCGUAAAGAGCGUCGGCACAUCGAGCAGCUGCAUGUCGCACGGCGUCGAGAUAGUUAUGUCUAUCGUGAACGAUCCAUCGAUGAUGGCUCACAUUACGAUCCACACUUAGACAAAUAUCCCGCUGCUACGAGUACGCUGCGACGUAAGGAUCAGCAGUCACAGACGGCCGGCACGGAAACGCUGAAACGCAACAAAAAGCUCGGCGGUUUCGAAAAGGUGAAGCAACUCUUCACCGGUGGCAGUGGCGGCGGUGGCGGUAGYGGCAGCGGCAGUGAAGGUGGCAAGUCGGGCAAGAAGGAUGGCGAGCGGCAAGCGCGCGGCAACAGUAGUACCGCCACCAGCAGCAGCGUGCAGACCACAAGAACGGGCACAGCCAAAGACAAAGACAGCAGUGGUGGCGAAAAGGAGCGCCCACGUUACAUGGUCAAGGAGGAGGAGAUGCGUUCGCGUUACAGUGAGCAUCGCGGAAGUGCCGGUUCGGCAGCGUUAGCAGCAAUGCUGCACGACGACGCGUUGCGCGAACCAAAGGCCACGGAUAUCUCGAUGCGUCGCCGUCUGUCUACACCCAAAGCUAGUCCAUUGCUGCUCAAGCGUACCUCAUCCGACAAGCCGAAAAAGGAGUCACCACUCGCAAAGCCRGAGAAAGUCAGCUGGUUCAAGUCAUUGGACAGGCGCUCGAAGAGCAAAUCAAAAGAAAAGCUUGACGUUUCGGUUAACGGACAGAGCGAGUCCUCAACAAUGAAACGUACGAAAAAUUCGGCGCGAACUAACACAGCGCCACCACCCAUACCACCCAAAAACUUGCGUUUCUUUGGAGAUACGGACAUAGACUCGAAUCCGCCGACUAUAACCAAAGCUAAUACUACACUCAAAGCACGCUCACACGUACCAAUAAGAAAUCGGAGACGCCCACUACGCGCACAUUACGUCGACACGAUCAUCUCAAGGACGAUCAAUCUUCGUUGCGGCACUCCUCCACCACGAGCGCCUCGAAGUCAGCAUUAUCGUCAAAUUUACGCAGCGGCGAUGGACGACGAAAGCUCAAGUAAAAGACAACGUGCAGCRUAAUUGAGGAGCGACUUGCAUGUCGCUUGCGGAAGUUCGGUAGUDCGAGAGCGAAGGACGUAUAUUAACCAAACUAGAAUUAUUUAACUGCAGGAAAUAUUUUAGCUUUGAGUUGAAAUGUUGCGAAACGUUCAAUUGAAAUAAUCAACACACACACACACACACACACAAACGCAUGCAUACGAAAAGUAUUUUUCGUGCAUUGCAAGAGCGCGAAAAGCUUUCGGUUGUGUGUCGCAAUUGGUGCUCUUCGUUUAACAAAAGCGCGCAUGUCGCAGCGCUUAAGCCAGCACAUACACACACGCGCAUAAUUCUAAUAUUUUUAGUUGCUUUAAGUGCCUUCUUCUAAAACCCCUCCUAAUCAUUAUGCAUAACAACGAAAGCUUAUCACUUAGCUUUUAAGCACAAAUAUGUAAAUGAGUGCGCACACAAGUUAAUUCUAUGCAAUAAAUAUAGUGGCCAAUAUACAUACAUACAUACAUACAUACGUACAGCGUUGCAUGUUAUAACGGUAGUUAUGUAAAUAAAUGUUACCGUUACAUUGUCGAGUGUGUUAAUUAGCAUGUCACUAACGCUACUCUCUAACCCUCUACUCUCCCUGUAUCGAGUAUGUAUGUAAGUAUGUGUUGUGUUUGCUGCAAUUGUCAAGCUAAUUUAAUUAAUGAUUUGUUUAGAAUUUAAGUGCCAGUUAAUAUUAAAGCAAAUAAUAUAUAACUACAAUACUAAUAAAUCAUACUUAAUGCGUAUCUAAUACAUUUAAUUUACAUACCAUUUUUAGAAUGGACUCUUGUAAACUGUAUAAUUCUUGCGAAAUAAAGGAAGUGAGAUGGGAGUGUAAUAAAA